UCUGUUUUAUCCGUAAAGAAACCCUAUUUUACAAUUUUGUUGAUUUUUUCCCUCACUCUCUCUGUAGUCUGCCUACGUUCCGCUUCCUUUGCAAUCAGAGCAAGUCCACGCUUUGAACCCGGUCGGGUCACACAUGGCUACACCACCACAAUGGGAAUUUAGCUGUGACAUGGAAAUGUAUUUUGGAUCGGAGGAGAAUGCUUCCAUUGUGUAUGCUGCCUUAGCAGUUGACAAAGAGUUACAGCCUGAUAAAGUAAAACGACUUAUGACAGUGUCUGAUGGAAAGCUAUCAGUGCACUUUGAGGCAACAGAAGCCAGAUUUCUUCGGGCAUCAUUUAGUGCUUUUGUAGAUGUCCUGACACUAGCCACCAAAACUAUUGAAGAAUUUGGUCAAGUAAUGAAGUUGUGACGUCUCCUCAUAUAUUGAAUGUUGGAUUGUUGAAGUGGACUAUGACUUUUACUGUCUGAAUGUACCCUUAUUUGUUUCUUUCAAGUAGGAAAAGAUUUUCACUUUGUUUUGAAUUUGUAUUACAUGAUGUUUCAAGGGUUUAAUAUGUAAUGCUUAGUCACUCUAAUAAUCUUUUUCUACUAC